AUGGCCAAAGUCGACCUGGAGUCUGUUUACGAGUGUCCAGUUAUUGAGAAUGAUGCACCAGAACCAGAAGAAAAGGGUAUCCUGGCAACCCUGACCCGUUUGGAGCGUUAUCUUGAUCAAAAAAUUGGACUCGAGUCGGAGGCCAUCGACCGGAAGCUUCCCGAGGACCGCCGACCAGUCAAAUGGUACGAGGAGCUAAACAUGGCACUCGUAUGGGCCUCGGGUGUAAUGAACCUUGCCUGCUUUGCGACAGGCUUCCUGGGAUGGGAGUUUGGCCUAAGCCUGAAAGAAUCGCUCCUGUGCUAUAUCUUUGGUACACUCAUUGGCAGUUCUGCUACGGCCUACUGUGCCACGUUUGGGGCCGCCACAGGACUGCGGCAAAUGUCCAUCUCACGGUACAGCUUCGGUUGGUACCCUAACAAGGUGUUGGCCCUGGUCAAUGCGAUACAACAGAUCGGCUGGUCGGCCGUAGGAUGUAUUACUGGCGGACUCGCACUCAUUGCUGUCGCGGACGGCCAUCUUUCUGUCGCUGUGGGAAUUAUCAUUAUCGCGGCCGUCGCACUUGUGAUUGGAAUGCUGGGUCUGCGUGUAAUUCUGAUGUAUGAGCAGUUUGCGUGGAUCGUAUUCUUCGUCAUCUUUAUGAUCAUUUUUGGCGAGAGUGCCAAGUAUGUGGAUAACAAGACCCCGACAUCUCUGUCUGGCUCUGAGUUCAGUGGGGCCAUCUUGACACUGCUGGCAGUUGUCUACGGCUCCAGUGCCUCUUGGGCCACGAUCGCGUCGGACUACUAUGUUCAUUAUCCUGCCAAUGUGAGCCGCGUCAAGGUUUUUAUCCUCACGUCUCUGGGCCUCGCGAUCCCCACAUCCAUCGGCAUGUGCGCAGGCGCUGUCGCUGCGAGUACGCUGAAUCACAAUCAAGCCUGGAAUGAUACGUACAAUAAUGGAGGCAUUGGCUUUCUCCUACGGGAUAUGCUGUAUCCCAUGGGAUUUGCCAAGUUCCUGCUGGUGCUACUUGUUCUCUCUAGCAUCAGCAUCAAUAUCAUGAAUACUUACAGCGCCGCCCUGAGUAUCCAGCAAAUGACCCCGUUGUUAGCGCGCAUUCCUCGAUUUCUGUGGGCCAUUGUUCUGUUUGGGAUUAUUAUUGCACUGGGUUUGGCCGGCCGUGAGCAGCUCAAUUCGUAUCUGCAAAACUUCCUCAGUCUCCUGGGAUACUGGUGCACAAGCUACGUGUUGAUUCUAUUGAUGGAACAUGUGUUUGUGCGUAAGGCCAAUUUUGCCAACUACGACCUCGAUUCAUGGAACAAUAGGCACGGCCUGCCUCAUGGGAUUGCGGCUUCAAUCACAUUCCUGGUCGGAGUCGUGUGCUGGGUCAUGGGCAUGUCAGAGUCAUGGUACAUCGGUCCGUUGGCUGCCAAAUUUGGUGGCUCAGGGGGCGAUGUAUCGAACGAGUUCACUUUUGUGUUCACAUGUAUUGCCUAUUUACCACUUCGCUAUUUGGAAAUCAGGUGGUUUGGAAAGUAA